GACUGAACCUUCAGCAGCCAGUGUGCGUCGCGCUCUUGACUCCGUCAGUUUACUCAGCCAGCGUCUCGCGCGUUGUCCUGUGGUGUGGUGGUCGACCGCAAGACAUAAGUGUUCGAGGAUCACUCAAGCUCAGCGGUUGUUGUGUUCAUGUUCCCCGGUACAAUAUCCAACACAACGAACUUUGUAAAUUAAACUCAGCUGGAAGAAAAGCGAUUGUUAUUUUGAUAAAUUAAAGAUUCCAUUUAGAGAUAAAGUGGAUGAAACUAUGCAUGAACGAAAAUAAAUAAACUGUGUGAAGUAUUGAAUCUUAAUAUCAAGUUAGUUUAUUCCGUGUAAUUGACAAUUUUUCUGAAAUAUUAUCAUCUAAUAUGGACAAUCCAGCGUUCAUCGGAGAUAAUGCAGAGCACGGCAAGGACACUCAAUUUCCUCUUGGCGUGGUUCUCUUGGACGUCGAAGAAACCAACGUCAAGUCCAUCGUGAGUCGGGCUGUGGAGUGCAUGGUUGCGGUCGACCAUGUGCCGUACGACAAGAAGAAAUUCGUCAUCAACUCCCUGCUGGCGGAUUGCGCUCAUAUAAAUGAAAGAGAGAUUCAGAUUAACAGAAGUGAAAAAGAGACCAAUGAUGAUCACGAGACUGCGGUCCCCGAACACGCAAGAAAGGCCGGCAUCAACAAAAUAUUUUCGGCGCACAACAUCAGGAAAGGCAAAUCUGAGGACCACGAUACAUAUAACUCAGACUCGGGUGGUGGCCGGAAGUCAUCUGAAGGCUCUGAAGCAACAGCGGUGCUCGUGGGGGCCGUGGACUUCCUCAAGUCCCCCACCAUCGCCUUCGUCAGGCUGGCGGAGGGCGUCGUGAUGGACAACCUCGUGGAUGUUCCUAUUCCAGUGAGAUUUCUCUUCAUCCUCUUGGGGCCUUACCAAGAAGAGAAACAGUUCCAAGGAGUAGGGGAGUCCAUCUCGACGUUGAUGGCUGACAAAAAAUUUCACGAAGUUGCUUACCGCGCACAAAACCGCAAAGAUCUUAUUUCAGCUGUGAAUGCGUGCCUAUUUUCCACCAAAACUCACGAGGACAGAAACAACAAAACUGUGGACAUGAAGGAACGAGGCAUUAAUGGUGCUGUAUCGCUUGACAUAGAGCCGAAUAUUUUGGUAAAUAGGGCGGGUCUUAAAAAAGAAGUUCGAGAUCCGCUCAAGAGGGUGGGCAAGCCAUUCCAUGGCCUCAUCCAGGACCUGAAGAUACGUAUGCCGCUCUACCUUAGUGACCUUAAAGACGGCAUCUCUGCCCAGGUCCUAGCUUCGACCAUCUUCAUCUUCUUUGCCAGCCUGUCACCCGCCAUCACUUUUGGCGGCAUGUACGCCGAUAAAACCAACCAACAGAUUGGCGUGGGAGAGACGUUGCUCGUUACGUCCAUCAACGGCGUGCUGCUGGCGCUGCUGGGGUGCCAGCCUCUCAACAUCAUCGGUGCUACGGGACCGCUCAUGGUCUUUGACCUGGCUCUGUAUCAGUUUGCAGAAUCGUUUGAGAUGGAGUUCCUGCCACUGAGAGUGUGGAUUGGCGUGUGGAUGGUGGUGCUUGGAAUAAUCAUCUCGCUGUUUGAGCUGGUCACCGUAGUCAAGCAUCUCUCACGCUUCACUGAAGAGAUCUUUUCGACGCUCGUGUGUCUCAUCUUCAUCUACGGCGCCUGCGAGAAGAUGGUAGCGAUCUUCAAAGCCCAUCCUCUGAGGGAUGAAUAUCGAUACGAAGAUGAAAACCGCACAGAAAUCGUUAGCGGGAUUAUCGUUAACGGAGUCUUGGUGAACGGAACGAACGCGGACGGAGUGGUCGUCAAGAGUUACGUGCUGCCACAGCCCAACACCGCGCUGCUCUCUCUCAUCAUGAUGUUCGGCACCUUCUUCAUCGCCUUCAGACUCAAGUUCUUUAGAAAUUCCAAGUAUCUUGGACGUACUGUUCGUCGAGCAUUCGGAGACUUCGGUGUCCCUAUUGCUAUCGCAAGUAUGGUGCUCAUGGAUUACCUGAUAGAGGACACCUACACUGACAAGCUUACGAUGCCUUCCGGCCUGCAGCCGAGCAAGCCUGAACUCAGAGGCUGGUUUAUCAACCCGUUCGGUCUUCAGGUCGACAUACCCGUCUGGGCCAUCUUCGCUUGCGCCCCUGCAUCUCUGCUAUUACUAACCCUCGUCUUUAUCGAGACAAAUAUUUGCCAUAUUAUCAUGAGCAAGCCUGAGAGAAACUUGAAGAAAGGCAGCGGCUUCCAUUGGGAUCUUUUCCUGACAUGCAUCCUCAACCUCAUCUCCGGAGUCAUGGGAGCGCCAUUCAUGACGGCCGCUGUAGUGCGCUGUGUGACUCAUGCUGCGUCACUCACCAUCGUCGACCCCAACAACCCAGCCAAGGCUAUCGGAGCUCACGAACAAAGACUAAGUGCAUUUGCGGUAUCGGUGAUGGUUGGUCUUGCGAUCUUAUUAUCGGACGUCCUCAACCUGAUCCCAAAUGCCGUGCUGUACGGCGUCUUCAUGUACAUGGGCAUAUCAGCCAUCACCAGCAUCCAGUUCUUCCAACGCUGCAUCCUAUUUUUCGUCCCCGUCAAGCAUCAUCCCAAAGACAUGCCAUUCGUUACGGACGUGUCCACAAAGAAGAUGCAUCUCUUCACGAUCGUCCAGCUCUCGAUGAUCGCGGUGCUGUGGGUGGUUAAACAAUCCCCAGCGUCCCUGUGUUUCCCCUUCAUCCUCAUGAUCCUCGUCCCUAUUCGCAUGUUCCUUCUGCCCUACAUCUGGACCGCUAAUGAACUCUUCGCUCUGGACGGCGGGGCCCCUCCCAAGACCGACGACGAGCCAGAUUUCUACGAAGUUUCCCACAACAUCGGCAGCUUCCGUGAGCCGCCGGCCGCCUCGGAGAUUACGCCGCCUACGACGCAAAAUUCUGUGCAGAGAAACUAAGUCAUCAAGAGAAAAAACAUAGGGCGUUUUCAGUGUUCAAAUUAAUCUAUGUAAUUUAUCGAAUUAGUCGCCAUUGCUGCUUAUUUCCGGAAAUAAUGAGGCGCCCAUUAUCAGUUAAUUAAUUACCCAACCAUUUUCUUUGCGACAGUGAUCGGUCUUCUAAUCCAGAAUAUGACUGGAAAUCAAAUAUCAAUACCAAGUUACAUCAUACCUCAUACUUGAGGUGCAGACAGAUUAAAAAUUGCCGUUUCGAUGAAGACAAUGAAUUAGAUUCGUGUGCUAAAAAGAGGGGAUUAGAAGUAUGAAACCUAUCGUCAUUGCCAUGAGUACUCUUAGGGGUAGAAUUCAACACAGCCAUGUAAUUAAGUGUAUAUGAUUAAUUGAUGUAAAUAGCCCUGAUUAUGUGUAGUUCAUAAUGUGUAUUAUUUUAUAUGUCUAAGCUUGUGAUAUUCACAACCUUUGUAUAAUCAUUAAAGAUUUAAUUAGAAAAUUUGUCGAAUCAUUUUAAUAACGAAUUCUCCGUUAAUUGCAAGCAUUUUCAUCAAUGAUUAUUGCGUUCGAAUGCAAUACCAACUCGACUGAUUUUUAUAUCCCGUGCUAUAAGAGAACCGCAUCCAAGAGAUUACCUGCUUACCAAGGUAUUAUCUAAAUAGUGACAUUGUUAUUAAUCUUAAUCAAAUGAAACUCAGAAAUUUAUACAUCGGUUCGGGGGUAAACCAUGCGCGGGCAGCUCUGCACGAGGAAAUCCAAGAGAGGUUUCGCCCGCCGCUUCUAAUUGAUACAAUUUAAAUUAUACUUUCCUUUGUUAGGUAAAUGGAAUUAAUGAGGUUAUUUAUUAAAGAAAUUGGUGAAUUUAGCCAAAAUCUUUGACAAUUAAUUUUUUAGGCUGACUUUCUGCAUUACAUACAGGGCCCAGUUACUUGAUCCAACUGUAGUUAUUUUUAUUAACGAAUGAGCAUAAAAUUUCACCAACAUCAAGAAGAUCAAAAAUAAUUUAUUGUUUGGAAAACUGAUGCUCCUAAACAGAAAAUAACUUGCAUAAAUUGUAACUCCACCAGUAAGGAAUUCUAAAAAGUAAUACAUUGCAUAGUCUUCCCCAACAACAAGUAUAUCUAUUAGCAAUAGUUUCACGAUUCAUACUGUCUAUAUGUGUGCUCAAAUUGGCUCCAGUUCUAUUCCAACACACUUAGCAUAAAUGUAAAAAGUUUUCUUCUAUUUCAACCUCAAAUUAUAGGAGGCUAGCAACUCUAAUUACGAAGACUUCAAUUAAAUUCCUGCUGAUACGUAUAUGUUAUGAUCGCAGCAUUAAGGUGAUAUUAGGGUUAAAAUACUGAACACGAGAGUAGAGUGUAUAAAUAAUUUAGUUAUCUAUUGCGGUAAAGAUAAGCUUGUAACACAGCUAUUUCGUUGAAAAUUAAAUUACUUGAUAAUGAAUAAAAAAUAAAAA